AUGAUCUUUGGUCCAUUUACUGGAGUUGAUCAUCAUAAAAAAUGUGUUACUUUUGCGGCUUAUUUUGUAGCUCAUGAGGAUAUAUCAUCUUUUGAAUGGGUUUUCAAAACUUUUCUUAAAGCAAUGGGAAAUAACGAGUCUGUGUGUUUGAUUACCGAUCAAGACCCUGCAAUGAAAGUUGUUGUUCAGAUUGAGCCGACAGAAUUUGAAGAAAAGUGGAACAAAGUUAUUUCAGAAUUCCAUUUGAACGAUCAUGAAUGGUUGGCAUACAUGUACAACAUACGUGAUAUGUGGAUUCCAGCGUUUGAAUGUGCAUUGGAUGCUCAAAGGAACACUCAAAAUAAAAUGGAUAAUGAUUCGAAGAAUAAGCGUCCGGAGUGUAAGACUCCAAUUCCUUUAGAGAAAGAUGCUUCUGAAUUGUUUACAACAACAAUUUUCUAUGAAUUUCAAUAUGAGCUUGAAAUUGGAUGUUUUAAUUGUGGUGUUGAGGAGAUGAAGAAGGACAAUGAGCUUUACAUUUUCAAUUUGAGGGAAGGAACUAGAAGGAGGACUUUUGAUGUUGUUUUUGAUCCAACUACCUUUGAUACCAAGUGUUUUUGUAAAAAAUUUGAACGUGAUGGUGUGCCUUGUAGGCAUAUGAUUUGGGUGUGGAAGGCAAGGAUGUUAGAAAAAAUUCCCAAGGCCUACGUUCUAAAUAGAUGGUGUACAAUGGCUUAUAAGAAGCCCAUUUUUGAUUUAGAGGGUAAUGUGUUGGAGGAAUGUAUUAAUGCAGUAGAUAAGAAAAUGUUAUUAAAUGAUUUGUGGUCUGAAAUUCAUGCUUGUGUGAGUUUAGUGCAAAACAAUGAAGAUGAUCUUAGUGAUCUUGUCAAAAAACUUCGAGCCAUGAGGGUAGAUUUGGAACAGAAGAAAACAAAUGGAAGCAACAAUCUUUCGAGCAAAGUUAAAGACAUUGAAAUGCUUAUUGGAGCUAGUCUACCUUCUAAUGUUUUAAUCAAACCUCCUAAAAUUUCGAAGAACAAAGGCACGGGGGUUCAUGUUCCAAAUCAGGUCAAUGUUCCAAAUGAUGUCCAUGUUCCAAAUCAGGUUGAUGAAUAUACUAUUAAUCCAGUUGCAUGA